CGGUCGCGCAGGCUUAGCCGAGACGAUGACAGGCUGAGGUCAGGUCUGUGGGUGGACAGAUCGCCGGAAUAACUAACUUCUAUUAACCAUGCCCGGUUCCAUCCCCGCGAUUUAACUGCAGCGCACAGGACCAGAUCCGCUGUUGAUAAGGGAGAAGGGCGACCGGAGCGGACCGGACACUGCGGCAAACUGUCUCAAGGCACUGUAUAAAUGCAGCAGGUGGACAUGGAGGAGGCGAAUGGAGACGUUAAAUGCGACAGGGUCCCUGAGACCGAGCCCGGGGCGAACUCUCGGGCUUUGUGCGGUGCCUGCUGUCGACUGGCGUGUAGCUGGAUUCCGGUUAACUACAAAGAAGAGGUCAUUCAAAUUGUAAAAUUAGCUGGACCCGUGUUCAUCUCUCAACUGAUGGUCUUCCUAAUAAGCAUUGUCAGCACGGUGUUCUGCGGCCACCUGGGGAAGAUGGAGCUGGCAGGGGUGGCUCUUGCCAUCGCCGUGAUCAACGUCACUGGCAUUUCCAUUGGUUCUGGACUAGCAUCUGCCUGUGACACGCUCAUAUCUCAGACGUUCGGCAGCAACAACCUAAAGCGUAUAGGCGUGAUCCUUCAGCGAGGGAUUCUGAUCUUGCUGUUGGCCUGCUUCCCAUGUUGGGCAGUGCUCAUCAACACGGAGCCCCUCCUGCUGGCUGUGCGUCAAAAUCCCGAGGUGGCCAGGCUAUCUCAGCUGUACGUGAAGAUCUUCAUGCCUGCCCUGCCUGCAGCUUUCAUGUACCAGUUGCAGUGUCGGUAUCUCCAGAAUCAGGGUAUAAUAUGGCCACAGGUCAUAACAGGCGCGGCAGGAAAUGCGCUGAAUGCCAUAAUCAACUAUGUCUUCCUGUAUAUACUGCACCUGGGAGUGGCCGGGUCAGCUGCAGCCAACUCUAUCUCCCAGUACUCCCUGGCUGUAUUCCUGUUCAUCUACAUCUGGUGGAAGGGUCUACACAAAGCCACAUGGAGAGGCUGGUCCAUGGAAUGCCUGCAAGAAUGGGGCCCCUUCAUCCACCUUGCCAUUCCCAGCAUGCUUAUGUUGUGUCUUGAGUGGUGGACCUAUGAGAUUGGAGGAUUCCUGGCAGGUCUGAUAAGUGAAGUUGAACUUGGCGCACAAUCUGUGAUCUAUGAACUGUCAACCAUCGCCUAUAUGUUCCCCUUAGGCUUUGCGGUGGCUGCCAGUGUCCGGGUAGGGAACGCCCUGGGGGCCAGGAAUCCGGAACAAGCCAAACUGUCCGGCAAGGUGUCACUGAUGUGUGCAGUUUUCGUCUCGUGCUUUGUGGCAGUAGCCAUCGGCUCCUCGAAGGACGUGAUCGCGUACAUGUUCACGACGGACAGGGAGAUUGUUACCCGGGUCUCGGAGGUGAUGCUCAUGUAUGGCUUUUUCCACAUCUUCGAUGCCGUAGCGAGUGUGACAGGGGGCAUCGUGAGGGGUGUGGGCAAACAGGUGAUUGGUGCGCUGUGUAACCUCGUGGGAUACUACCUAAUUGGCUUCCCCAUUGGCGUGACACUCAUGUUCGUCGCCAAGAUGGGAAUUAUUGGGCUGUGGACGGGCUUCUUCACCUGUGUCUUGCUACAAUGCGCUUUCUUCAUUAUCCUUCUCAUGAAAAUGGACUGGAAGAAGGCAAUGGAAGAGGCACUCAUCCGGUCAGGUGUGAAGACAAACUGUGCAACAGUUGAGGGCACUGCUUUGGAAAAGCAAGACUCCAUCCAAGCUGUGGCCAUGGAAGUCAUGUCGGAGGAGACCAGUCCCAAGGAGGCUCAUGACGUCGAAGUGGAUGAGCUGAGUUCAGAGAAGGCAGCCCUCGGAAAGGAGGGCCAGCCGCUGUCCAUCCAGCAGUUGGUGCUGCGCAGGAGCCUGGCGACCUUCUGCAUGCUCCUGGUGCUUGCUGCAGGAAUCACAGCUAAUGUGAUUUUCACCAGACUCCUCAGAUGAGCCUCAGACUCAUACUUUGCUCCACCAUACUUUGCUCCACCUUUGUCUCAUCUGCACCAUCAGGAAACUCAGUGGAGGAAGAAAAUCAAAGUGGGGACAUCGUGAUGAAGACAGCGUCACAGAAACAAACACACAUAGGGAGUCACCGAAACAAACAUGCAUACAGAAUUACUUAAAAACAUGCGUACAGAGUCACAGAAACAAACACGCAUACGGAGUCACAGAAACAAAUGUCCAUUCAGAGUCACAGAAACAAACACGCAUAUGGAGUCACAGUAACAAAUGUCCAUUCAGAGUCACAGAAACAAACACGCAUACGGUGUCACAGUAACAAAUGUCCAUUCAGAGUCACAGAAACAAACACGCAUACGGUGUCACAGUAACAAAUGUCCAUUCAGAGUCACGGAAACAAACACGCAUAUGGAGUCACAGAAACAAAUAUCCAUUCAGAGUCACGGAAACAAACACGCAUAUGGAGUCACAGAAACAAAUAUCCAACAAGGGUUCAAAUUGAACCCUGACUGAAAGGCCCCCAGUAGCCUGUCAUUGGAGCAGGGAGGACAGAGAGGAUGGGUCAAGCAAAAGGAGAGUGUCACUUACUCCUCAGGUGUCACCUGCCCAUCUCAGGUCCUUUAUGAACUUGGUUGGCUUUGACAAGAGUGCGCACCAUCCGCGUUUGAGUUAAUAUGUGCAAAAAGCAUACCGGAUCCAUGUUUUUUUGCACGCCAUGGAAAUCAACUUUCUAUUUGUCCUUGAAAAGUACAGCAGGUGAGGUUGUUGUUAUUUUUAUCUCGGACCUACGCCCCUCUGCUAGUUUCAUCCGCAUUGGGUUAAGCAAGGUCCUACUGCAGCUGCAUGACUUGGCACUUUGUGUCUGUCGCUCCUGCUUGCUGUUUUUUAAUCAUUACAGAAAGGUCAUUAAUCAUUAAGAAAAGGUCAUGAAUGAUUACGAGGCUAGCAGGUAUUGGACCCAUGCCAGUUGCUGGGGUGGGCGGGGGGUUAUCGUCCUGGGUUGCCCAGUAAUCUGACAUGUCUUGGCGCUACAAGUUUUAGGUAAGUCUUAAGUAUCACAGAUGUGACAGGGCAGAGGAACUCUGCAUUUUUGGUGAUGGGAGUAGGUUGUGUAGAGGGGUGUCUGAUUGGAUGGGGGUAUUGCACUGUGCGGGGAUGCCGGAGCCAGGCAGACAAAGCCAAGGGUUCAAAACAGAGCUGAACAAAAAGACAGGAGCCCAUCAGUUGUCUUAAUCUCCUUGUUUACUCAGUGACCAAAAGCCUCCUUAGUGCCCAGGAAAAGGCUAUGAGGAGUCAGAUUGCAUGUGUUCAAAAUGAACCAAAAAUAUAUAUUUUUUAAAUUUACACAAUACUAUGACAUAAACUGUACAGUGUGCACAAUUAAUGAGCAUGAAAACCUGAUUCUAUUAAUAAAAUGUAAGAUGUGCAAAUA